AUGUCAACAUCUCUACCCACAUCGCGGCCUGUUCCUCUCUCGACCUCUUCCUUGUCCUAUUUCCCUUCGCAUGCCGCCUUUCGAGCUUCCCCGUUUGAUCACUCAACUUCGGUUCCCUACUCCCCUCCGUUUCUUCAAGAAACACCUCUGUUUGAGAGCGCGUUCGGCUCUCUGCCUUCGCCUCCUGACUUUCUCCUCCCCCUUCUCCAGCGGCCGGACUACAAGGAGCUUUGGGACUCCCUCGACGCUCCUACCCGCCAGCUCUUCUCCCAGCAGGCCGCCUUCCCGCAGCGCCCCGCCGCCUUCCCGCCCGGCAAGCGUCCGUCUCGCCGCGCGCAGCUGCUUCUCGCGACGGCCAGCGAGGGCUUCGCCGCGUGGAUGGAGCUGGAGCGCUGGGAGCAGGACCACGGCAACUUCUUCAACGCGCACGCGGUGUUCGAGGCGGCGGCGCGGCUCUACCCGACGAACGAGCUGCUGCUGCAGAAGCGGCUGAAGCUGGAGGAGCGCGUGGCGCACGGCGAUCACGUGCGCGAGCUGCUGUUCCAGCUGAUCGAGAUGAACUCGUCGAAGUCGGUGAAAGUGCUGGUGGAAGGCAUCACGUCGCUGGCGAAGCUGGGCUAUGAACUCACGGCGAAGGCGCUGUUCCAGGAGGUGGCGCGAUCGUCUCGGUUCUACACGGGGAACCUGGUGAUGGAGAUGCUCUUGUACGAAUACCGCGUGGGGAGCCACGAGCAGCUGAUUGCUCUGAUCGCUCGGGCGCUUCGAGAGUUUCCGAAGCACGGGCCGAUCUGGUUCUUCGUGUUCGACUUCUACGAGCACGACACGCUGAUGAUGUGGAACUACGCCCAGCCCUCCCUUCUCUUGCCCAACCCCAGCCUCGACCGCCUUCUCGCCGAGGCGGAGAAGUGCUUGCCCAACGACAUUCUCUGGAAGAUCCUUUCCAACCGCAACCAGUACUACUUUCGCUGCACUGUAUACAUCCAAGUGGCCGUCUCCCUCAGCGGAAUCCCUCUCCAAGUCGUGCUGCAGAGCUAUCACGUGCUCACACGCUACCUGGCCGAGGACAUGCGGAAGGCCAUUCAGAAGUGUCCGGACACGCUCGUCUGGAAGCUCUACCUCCAGUUUGGGCGGUUCACCGCCGUCGUGGGGUUCCGGGAGCUGGCUCGUCAGUAUCUGCGGCGAAGCUAUGUCCGCGCGCCGGAGAAGUCGCUCCAUCGCGUUCUUUUAGAGUUCGGCAAGAUGGAGUUCGUGAUCGGAAACUACCGCAACGCGAACGGGCUUCUCUCCCGCGGGUUUCAGCUGUUUCCUAGCGAGUGGAAGCUGCUGCUGGAGCAGAUCCACCAGCUGAUCAUCCAGAAGGAAUGGGUCCGCGCGCUGCGGCUGAACCAGGUGGCUUUGCGGCUGCAUCGCGGCGCGGGUCGGCUGUGGUCGACGUACAUCCACGUGCUGCACAGAAUGUUCGGGGGCGAUGUGGCGCUGAAGGCGUUCCGGAAGGCGCUGUGCCACGUGACGAAGUCGGGGGAGGUGUGGUGCGAGGGCGCGCGGAUCUUUUUGGACCCGUGCUGUCGCGCGUUCGACCUGCUGAACGCCUCGAAGUGCCUGAAUUACGCCGUUUUUUUCACUCCGCAGUACGGAGACACGUUCAUCGAAGCGAUCAAGCUGCUCAUUCUCAGCUCGGAGCGCUUUCUGGAGUUCCACGCCUGCGCGAACCCCUGCGUGCUGUCCUACCUGCUUCGCUCGCUGCCCGAGAUCGCGCUGUUCAUCAAGCGGGCGUCCUUCUUCGAGCCGAACUACGGCUUUCUGUGGUUUCGCGCUCAGCCCUUCAUGCAGUCGCCCUUGAAGGAGGUCUUGUACACAUCGCUGCUCACCAUUUCGCGGGAGGUCGCGCUCAACGCCGCGCUCUACUACGAGGCCAUGCGAGCCAGUCGCCGCGCCGCGCAGCGAAAGCUUGCGGAGCGUUCGGAGCGUUCGGAGCGUUCGGAGCGUUCGGAGCGUUCAGAAUGUUCGGAGCGUUCAGAACGUUCAGAGCAGGCGAAGCAGGCGAAACAGGCGAAGCCCCAAAGCAAUCUGGCUGUCGGAACAAGCAUCCAUCCAAGCCCUGCGACUCCUACGAUCCCUGCGAUCGUGGAAUCGCCUUGGGAACAAGGCCAGACGGAGGAGGCCGCGGAAGAUCGGUCGCGGACCGCGUCGCAUCGCGUGAUCUCCACGGGGUACAAGCCCAGCUUCCUGCUCCAGUACGUGCCAUCCGCCGAGAAACUGCUCUUCAAUCUCAAGUUGCUGUACGGUGCACGCCAAAUGGAUUUGUAG